CCGUACAAAGGAAGGGGCGUAGGUGUAAAUUGGAGUAGAAUAAGCGAAAGAAAAACCAGUCCAGGCCAAAGGGCACUUGAAUUGUUCACUCUCGCGUUCUCAAAUCUCUUCCUGGUCUUUUUAAAAUCAACGUUUCAGUGUUUUGUGAGGAAGAGAAGGGAAGAUGUCUGGAGGUAUAGCGCGCUGUCGUCUUGCGGAGGAGCGAAAAUCAUGGCGGAAGAAUCAUCCGCAUGGCUUUGUGGCAAAGCCAGAGACACUGCCUGAUGGUACGGUGAAUUUGAUGGUUUGGCAUUGUACUAUCCCUGGUAAAGACGGGACCGAUUGGGAGGGUGGUUUCUUCUCUCUUACUCUUCACUUCAGUGAAGAUUACCCCAGCAAGCCACCAAAGUGCAAAUUUCCACCGGGUUUCUUCCAUCCUAAUGUCUAUCCAUCAGGAACUGUUUGCCUAUCUAUACUUAAUGAGGACAGUGGGUGGAGACCAGCCAUUACGGUGAAACAAAUCCUUGUUGGUAUCCAAGAUUUGCUGGAUCAGCCUAAUCCUGCAGAUCCUGCUCAGACUGAAGGCUACCAACUCUUCAUCCAGGAUACAGCUGAGUAUAGGAAAAGGGUUCGUCAGCAGGCCAAGCAGUAUCCACCUCUUGUUUAAUGUGAAAUCUUCUAGACUUGCUUUUGAUAGAGAUUACUGGUACCUGUAAUACUCUGGUGGCCUAAAUGUGUGACUGCCUGGUUGAACUGGCAUUUUCUCUCUUGAUCUCUAUGAAUGUUUGUUCAUAUUUAUUAGAUGUACUGAUCAGCCAGUUGUUGCUUAAUGGUGGUUUUAUUAGUCACUAUGAACAUAUUAAUCUAAGUCUGGUAUUUCU